AAUUAUCACGAGUGGACAGCAGUCGCGCUCGCAUGAGCGUUGCGUGCGUCGCGUCUUAGAACAGUACCUCUGUUGGUGACGCAAUUUGUGUAUACUCUUCUAAAACAAACUAUACUUCGAAAAAUGUGAAUUGUUUUAUACAAAAUAAUUCGGAAUGUAUUGACAGUGUUGAUUAUUUAAUAACGCUCAAAUUAAAACUCAACUAAUGUUUUAAAUUUAGAUAAGCUAUUUUAAUUAUUUAUAUUCUCGAUUUAGUCAUCGCGUUUACCUAUCGAAUAAAAUUAGUUUGUGGACACGAAUGAUGUGGGGAAGUAUUUGUAGGGUACGUGUUGCCAAUAGUGUGGGUGUGAUCUUUAUAUAGAUAUAUGUGUAAAUAAGUGUCGUGCAAUGUAAAUAUGGUGGCUAUGCUCGAAACUGCAGAAAGGACUAACAACGAUUACUUUCGGUCGUUCCUUCCAGCAGUCAACUCACCUCCCGUCCCUCACCGGGACGUCUCCGCUGCAGCUGCGUCCGCCUACCGGCCUUACAAUGAGGAGUACGCCGCCGUGCCAAGACGCGUCGACAGAGCGGUGCAGCCAGAACCAGACGUCGAACGCACGAAGAAAGAAAAGAAAUGGUCCCUCGGCAAACUGUUCAGGAGAAAGAAAAAGGAAGACGAAAGCGUUUCAUCUUCAGAAAGCGACGAAGGAGUCAGCACACGGUCACCGAACAAAAAGAAAUGGAAAAAAAAGAAGAAGACACCUGCUGUCAACAAUUUUGACCACAUAGUGAUCAGGGACUCUAGACGAGCUCAAAGUUUAGCGAAAUCCAAAAUUCGCGAAGCCACUGACGAUGGGGUAUUGUCAGAUCCAUCGGCAGGCUUCAUCAACUACAGAGCUAAGGCUCAAGAAAUCUAUGGAGCGUCAAAAGAAUCUCUCAGUUUGAGAGAUGACAUUUCCAAUAAAUCAGGAAAAUCUGUUUUAGAUACCCCUUCGAGAAAAUCAAGGAAAGGACGCUUAAAAGCUCGUGUAGAAGCUCUACGGAAUAGCAUGAGAGGCGAUUCGAGUAGUGACGAAGAAUCGCUGAAGUCAUCCAAUUCAUCAUCAAUAGUACGAUUUAGAAGCGACGACUCUCUCAUGCGGUCACGUGAUAGUUCCUUGAAUAAAAGAUCGAGGAGCGCCAGGAACGAAAGAUAUAUAAAAAGACUAUCUCGCGAUGAGGAAAAUCAAUUAAACAAAGAAGCAGAGUUAUUGCAACAAGGUUACACUAAGGCUGAAGUUGAGAUGUUAACAAGAACACCGACAAGCCAAAGCAGCGGUUACGGAACAUGCAAACGGGACCAAAACAAUAAAAUUAAACCAGAACACAUUUACACUAAUGAUAACAAUACCCGUCGUCCCAUGAAAUCUGAAUCUGUAUCAUCCUUCCCAUCUACUACUCAAAGUUAUCCGUCAUCUAUUAAUUUUAACGCCAAAGUUAACAACGAACACAUUAACUAUUCCAUACAAUGUCCAGUAAAUAACAUCAAUAGAGAAUCACUUUACGCUAAUAACAACCGAGAGAGAAGUGUCAGCCAUCAGUAUGAGAGUCCAGAGAACGUAAUGUGCGUUAAAUUCCCAUUAGGUAAUGUUGCCAAUGUCAAAAAAGAAGAAAAAGCUCCGCCUGUGCCGCCUCCUAGAGACAUGCAGAGGAAGGUAGCUACGCCUUUGUCUAUGUACUAUGAAAAUAACCCUGUAGUGACUGACAGAAUGGGCAAUAACCAAAAUAAUCAAAAUGUAACAUACGGCGUGCCUAAUAACGAUUUCGAUCGAAUAAUGCGACGGAGUCAAGAAAGAUCAGUGAGUCAUAGCUUUAAUGGAUUGCGUAGACCGAUCUCGAAUUCCGAGGAUCAUAUUGCCGUGCAAAACAACGAAUAUCCGCAUAAUUUCCCGUAUAGGAACGAGCAACCUCGGAGACCGGCAUCCGUUUCCGCAGAACCUAACCAUUACGGGCUCUUCAUGAACUCACCGUGGCGAAGAGCCGGUGGUCAUGCUAAUGUCGUUAAACCAGAGGCAGUUCAACUUAAACACGAUUACUUAUAUUACGCUGAUCAGAGUCCAAGAUCACGGCGGCCCAUAAGUAUCAAAAACGGUCAAAAUCCUUACGAACAUCAAUAUUUAAGUGACUCACAAACAUCUCAAAAUAUUGCUGAAAGCGUAUAUCGACGACCACGAAACGCAUCAGCAGAGUUUUGGAAAAAGAUUGAUGAUGCCGAAAGACAGAGGAGGCAACAACAUAUUUAUGCAAAUUCUAGAAGCAGUAGUGACUUCCCUAACUACCCAAUUCAAAGAACAACUAGUUCUACUGAACAAAAUAAGUUGGGGCAAAAUAGUGUAGAUAUUCAGAACAAAAAUAGAUCUAGUUUUAGAGCUGCUUCAGUGGAUACGACAGAUGGUGCCAAAGUAUGGAAAGCAACAACAGAAUAUAAAAGAUCUCUUACAGAGGAGUCACCUAAAAGUGAUGUGUCACCAACACUUAAGACACAUGUAAGACAUAAGUCUGAUACUUAUACUCCUAGUGUAAAUCAGUUGCCAUCGGAUGACGAGAAAAGCUCGGAAAGAAGGAAAUCCACAAAUCUUGAUGAUGCUCUCAAUGAAUUAGAAGCAAUAUAUAACAGCUUGGGUUUAGGCGAUGAGGAUUUGUUGGACAGAGCUGAACGACGAGAACUGAUGACUCCGAAAUUCAACGACCAUUUCAAUGAUUGGAAUGGAAACGAUGACGAAGUACAGUUGCGAAGUCAGCCUACAACUCCAUUACGACGAAUAUCAAGAAGGUCUACAUUGCCAGACAAAUUACAAGAUGAUAUGGCAUUCCGAAGGAUGAACUCACUAACUAAAGAAAAACCCAACUUUAAAGAAACUCAAGCACAAAUAAGUUACAUGUUAGCAUCGCCUGUGUAUGUGCCGUACGCAUCAGAUGACGAUAAGCGAUCUGAGCGCAGCGAACCAGAUAUAGUGCACGACGAUGUAAUGUACCGAAAUAUAACUCAAACUAACAAUCGAUUAAAAACAAUUGAUCCUCAGCCUCCAUUCGGUAUACCAGUGGGACCAGUGUCGCCCGCUCCACAAAGCGACUAUUUACAUGCAACACCUGAAACCAAAGUGCGAUCGCGCUUUAUACCUAGAAGAUCACCCGACCUUGUAUCUGACGAUCUGGCAUACAGAAGCCUCAGAAAAGACGGUAGACACUCGUCAUUAUUUAAUGGGGAUGAUUACAAUGGUAUUAUUAAUAAUAACGGAUACAGCGAAUUCCCGCUCACUAAAGAAUCAGCAGCAAGUCUAAAGAAAAAGAGAGCAGUUAGAUCGUUGUCUGCUAACAUAUUUACAAUGAUUCAAAAAGAAAUUGAUGAUGCUCUAAAUAUGAGUAAAAUAGCCACAUUACAGAAAACCAAUAGCAACAGUGAUGUUAUGAAGAGACUGCGUGACACGUUCGAUAAGAAUGACAACCAGCCGGAACAUUAUCCUCGUAACAAGGUAAAACAAAGACAUAACACAGUUAGUCUCUUUGUCAAUAACAUUCACGCACCUACACAUCAUUUCGCUAAAGACGAUUCAUUCAUUCAUUGUGACGAUAAGCAUCUUGCUAAACCUCCUUCUUGUGAUAAGUCGAAAAGCUCAUCGCCAUCAAACAAAUCACCACAGGUUUCUAAACGUUCUUCUAAGGAUGAGUUUCAGCAGGUCCUCAGUAUGUUAGCGCAGGAAGCAAUGGAUACCAGUAACAAAUUAGGAGUAGCAUUGGCCGAACUGGAUAAAAACAGAAAUAAUAAUGAGAAAAAAUCAGAUAUUCAGGCGAAAAUAACAGAUAGUCGAUUAAAUUUUUUGAAUGGGCUGACUAAUAAACUACUUGACGUAUCAACGCCUGAGGUUAAACACGUUAAAAUUCAUUCUGAAGUAUUUGAAAAAAAAGAGGAUAAGAUGGCGAACGCUGUAAAUAGUGAUUCUAAAGCAAAGAAAACUGAAGACAGCCUUCUAGUAAUAUCUGAUCAAUUACAUAAAGUUGAAGAUCAAUUAAAGCACAGCUUUGAAAAAGAAUUGAAUUUUGAUGACGAAAGUCUCAAGCUUUCAAAUUAUAUAUCUAAAGCAGAAGAGCAGUUAAAAGCGCAAGAAUCGACAGCUGUAAUACCUGAAACGAAACUAAAGCCUGACAUAAUACCCUUGAAGGUACAAAAUGAUUCUAUAAAUAUUGAAAAUACUCCAGAAGUGGCUACAAUUGAUCAAACUCCUAAAAUACCAGUGAUAAACUCCCUUAAUCCAUUUUUGAAUUCAGAUGACAAAAUUAAGGAAAUCAAUGAAAUAAAUGCUUUCAAAGAACUGAAGGAUGGCAUAUCUGAUUUGAUCGCUGGCAUUACACAAGUUAAUGAAAAGCUAUUUGCACCCAAACAAUCUCAAGUGGAUAAAAAAUGCGCAGAUUCAGUAAGAGUUACUGGUAUCACCGAAGCCAGUGAAAAACUUAACCAAGUUUCGCAAAAUGUCAGCUUCAAACCUGAAGUUCCUAAUAGAGCUUCCGUUAAUUUGUCUAUUUAUGAAAAUGAUCUAGACUUAAAGAAAGACGCUGAUUCUACAGAAUACAAUUCUUCUGAAGAGCUAGCGACCAUAUUUAAAUUAGACAGUAAUACGAUAUCGCAGAAUUUUGAUAACCAAAUUACUGACAAUCACACUGAAUCUGAAAAUAAAAUCCGCGAGGAUCUAAGCUCGCCCAAAAUGGUCCAGAACAUGAACCAACAUCUGAGAAGGCUCUCAGUAGAUCAAACGGACGAUAUUCCUAGUCAAAGCAACUCACUGCCAAAUAACGUCGUGCCGUGGAGAACUAAGAGGCAAAAUAGUUCACAAAAAGAGAACAGAGGCGAUAACACGCAGCAAAAGCGCGAUUGGCGCGACUCAGGCACGUUGAUGUUAGCUUGUACGUAUACCCUGAUGAUCUCCCAACACCUGGCCGACCUGGACUGGCUGAUGCUGUUCGGCUUGCUACUGGCAAUGAUCACCAUUAUCGCUAUGCUAAUUAUAUAACACAAUGACUACCGUGAUAUGAUUUAUGCAUAUUGAAAUUUGGUUUUACUUUUAAUACCCAGUUUUUUAUUGCCAGUGUUGUCAUAUCAUUACAUUAUUUUAAUUUUACUGUAAAAUUAUUUAAAAGUAAUUUGUGGAGACUAGAGGAUAGUAUUUUACAUCUUUAUGCUGUAACAUGAAAUUUUGUAUGUAAAUUUUUAAUUGGUUAUAAUUGAAAUGUUUUUAAUUUUGAUAAUACUAUCAAUAUUCCUAUUAAUAGUUUAUAAAAUUUAUUUGUAUCAAACCAUCUUCAACAAUGAUGGAUUAAUUAAAUUUGCUGUAUGCAAUUCGUCUUAUUUUUAAAAUGGUAGCUGUGAUGUUCAUUUUACCUUACCUUAAAAAUUAAGUUCUUAGAUUUAAUGUAAUUUUUACAUGCAAAUAUUAUGUAUUUUAUUAUUAAAGGUAAUUUUUAUUAUUUCGAACUUCUUUAUAAUCAUGACAACAUUUUACGUUGACUAUGGUUCCCUGCUCGAAAUUACUUGCUAUUGAUACGAGUUACUUGUAACAAUUCGGUACUAGUUACAUUUUGUAUCAAAAAACUUAAUCAUUUUUUUUCCAUUUUUAUACUUAUUUAUUUAUAUCGGUGCCAAAAUAAACGAUCAAAAAUAAAAGUUAAAGUUUUCGAAUAUUUUAUUGUUUUGAAUGUAACGAUGUCUUGAGCAUGUUAUAUGUUUAUAAAAGAUUUUUGCAUGGAUUUUGUAUUGUUUAUUAGCCAUAUAGUGUUUAUGCCUUUAGAAUACAUUUUAUUGAUGUUGCUCGCUUAAAUAUUUUUAUUUGUAACUACCCCAAACGGUACAGUUUUAUGUUUAUUUUAUUCGUUGCAAUUUAACAUAAUGUCUGUUUGCAUCGCUGGAAUGAAUAUUGUGUGAAUAAAAGCUUUUAAAACCCACAAUGCCAGUGCGCAGUUUUCCACAUAAAUGAUACUUUGUAAAAUUUUGGUUAAAUAUACGUUUGUAACAGAUUACCUAUUCAUUUAAUAGUCUGUAAUGUAAAUACGUAUAAAAUUAUGAUUAAAUAAUAAUUAUUAUUACAAUUUAUUGGCUAAGUCUGUUACCAUCGACGUGAACAUGAUAUAAGGUAACUCUAUUCGUCUAACACAAUACGGUGCGCCCUAAAAAAGGUUGCCAUCGUAUUGUUUUUUAUUUGUGCUCGGAGUUAUAAAUCCAGGGAGAUAAUGAAAAAGGGUAUAUGUAUGAAAUUAUUAACUUUUUUACAAAUUUCUAAAUCCGUUUGAGUCAUUUAAACCAUUUUUACAAACGUAAACAUUACAGAUAAUACUUAGUUAUGCUGAUGCAACGAAUACACGAUUUAAUUUUCAAUAAAUGUCUAUAAGUCUGCUUAUGAUAAGAACCAAUCUAUACUUUGCAUAUUGUCCGAAGAUGAAAGCGAUAUUCGUAAGUGAUCCAGUGAAAUAGCAGUAAAUAGAUUCAAUGAAUAUUUAUUUUGUAUACAAAAGUAAUUGCAUUAAAUCUUUUAAUAAUAUGUUUUGUGGCUUUAUAAAAAAUAUUUAAAUAGGUCAGAAUACCCUGCUUUACAAAAAGGAAACAUCUCACAUGAUUUUUAAUUUUAAUAAUGAAAUCCUAACAUUUUUAAAUGAAUUAAAAAAUGUCUUAAAAAUAAGCUGACCUAAAAUGAUAAGACUUUUAACUGAAUUUUUAAAUCAAUAAGUUUUAUUCUUGUAUUAGUAUAAUUUGUAUACUUAUGUAUAAAUAUCAAAUACUUAUGUAAGAACAGUAUUCGUUGCAUUAGUACAGACAAUAAUGUACUUCUAGAUCUUCUGCUCUACCUAGGUUCUAAUUUUCGACAAUAUAUUUCUAGGUGAAACCUAACUGCCACAGUGCUCUAACAACGUGCCCCACGACGACAUCGACGUUAUAUUUAUAAGCUAGUUAUAAUUUUGCCUAAACUAUUAUAUUGUAACCUAUACCUAUCUUUAUUGUAACAUUUAAAUCUUUAUUAUGUUCGUAGAGGCUUCCAGUUACGAUUCAAAGAGAGCAUUAUUUAUAUGAAAAAGUUAUGAUUCAAAAAUAAAAUGUUUCAGUUUUA